AAUAAGGAGGCCAGGUUUCUAUAAACCCCACAGAGUGUUAUGCGGUGGUCGUCGUGGACGAGUGUAGCUUCGUUUUAGAGUUCCAUCGCCAUGUUAAAGAAUUCCAGCAGGAAAAGCGCGCUCUCUGCAGCUGGAGCAGCUGUCACCUGCGCGGCGCUGCUCGUGCUGCUCGUUCAGCAGCGCAGGAGCGCGCACGGGGACGCGCACGGCGACGCGGAGGUGGGGAUGCGCUCUCUGCAAAGUGUGGCAGAGGUGGAUGUGGAUGGAGGCGUGCAGCAGAGCGAUCAAGAAGCGCAGGACGGAAGAAAGAAAGGAUUUUCCGCCUAUUUUUCCAAACUGACGCGGACCAGGAGAGAGGCGGAGAAAGCCAGCAUCGGAGCGGCGGCGGGUUCGAGCGCACCAUCCAGCGCGCCUGCAGAGGAGCUGCGCCCUCAUGACCUCUUCAUUGCCGUCAAGACCACCAAGAAGUUCCACCAGCCUCGGCUUGAGCUGCUUCUGGAAACCUGGAUUUCAAGAAACGUGCAGCAGACAUACAUCUUCACAGAUGGUGAGGACGAGGAGCUGAAGAAGAAAAUGGGAAACCAUGUCAUCAACACCAACUGCUCUUCUGCUCACAGUCGCCAGGCUCUGUCCUGCAAGAUGGCUGUGGAGUAUGACAAGUUUAUCGAAUCGGGGAAAAAGUGGUUCUGCCAUGUGGAUGAUGACAACUAUGUGAAUGUCAGGAUGCUUGUCAAACUGCUCUCUCAAUACCCUCACACUCAGGAUUUAUACAUUGGCAAACCCAGCCUGGACAGGCCCAUUGAAGCUACAGAGAGACUCGGAGACAACAAGAUGCGACCUGUUAACUUCUGGUUUGCCACUGGAGGAGCUGGUUUCUGCAUCAGCCGUGGUCUGGCUCUGAAAAUGAGUCCGUGGGCAAGUGGUGGCCAUUUCAUGAACACCGCAGAGAAGAUCCGUCUCCCUGACGACUGCACCAUUGGCUACAUCAUCGAGUCAGUUCUAGGGGUUCCACUGACGCGCAGCAACCUGUUCCACUCCCAUCUGGAGAACCUGCAACAGGUGUCCCGAUCAGAAGUACACAAACAGAUUACACUGAGUUACGGUAUGUUUGAAAACAAGAGGAAUAUCAUCAACAUGAAAGGAGUUUUCCCGGUCGAGGAGGACCCGUCCAGGUUUAAGUCUGCGCACUGUCUGCUCUAUCCAGAUACUCCGUGGUGUCCUCCUCAGGUUGCCUAUUAAGGCAACCAGCUCCCAUCUUGUAUCCUCGUCCCGACUGUGCCUCAGUAUCUGAAAGGCGCUAGGGACUAGUGUGGUAUUGGCCCAUGUGGCUGCUUUGUUUGACAUUGGAGUGCAACGCGGCUUCUCGUGUUUUUGUUUUUAUUUCAGUAGGCUGCUGUGCGGCCUGCCUUUGGACACUUCCUUCCUGCCUGGUGCGUGAGCUUCCUGUCUGUGUACCAAGCAGUGGGGCUUAGGGGAGCAUCAAGAAAAAAAGCUUUCAGCACCAAGUUUUUCACAGGCAAUUGGCUGUGCUUGCGUCCUUCAUAUUGCUUGUAUUAAUUGCAAUUCUCAUAGAAUGUGUUUGGUUUUUUUAUAAUGUCUAUAUGCUUUUCUUUCUGCUGGCUUUACAUGCUUAGAACAUGAACAUAAAUCUUUAUUUUUUCCCUUAUUCCAAAUGCAAUUCAGGAUUUUUACUUCGGGUCUGAGGUGAUGAGCCUGAAAGAGAUUUAUUUAUAUAUGAGUGCUUUAAGUUGUAAAGGACUCCGGAUAUCAUGAUUAGAUGAAGGCUAAUUCCGCUGUUAGUUUCAUUUUCAGUUUCAGUGUUAUACUAUUGUUAUUACCUUUGUAUAAAAUGAUGAGAUGAUGAUAAUUUAUUAUACUUUGUGCUGGCAAAAGGCAAUUUCCGUAUGUGCCGUCAGAUUGUUUGAAUCUGUAGUACAUUAGGAUGAAGCACUUUUCUCCCCUACUGUUCUGAAAAUGAUUGACUGGCCUUAAAGCUGUGCGAUGUAACAUAAGCCCUUUUUUUUUUUUUAAAUGCUUAUUUCUAAUGCCAUUACUUGCAUUCAAACAAUCUUGGCAUAUAUAUAUUUUUUUAUGAGAAUGUGAUGUAUCUUGAUUUGUUGACUUUAUUCUGAGAUAUUUCAUGGAAACUUGCACAGUUUGGUUGAAUGAACUGCUCAUUGCUCUUGUAAAGUGUUUCUUGCAAAUGUUUCAUUGUGAGUAGACCAGACCUGCCAGCAUGACCAUGGCCUUUUAUUUUAUUACGCCUCAAUUCCAUUAUGCAUGGGAGUUAAAAUCUAUAGCAUGUUUGAGUAUUACAUGUACUUGAUCUCCUCAACUGGCCUGCUCCACAUUCCUGAUUUGACCUGUGGGUUAUUUAGGGGUCUCUACUCGUGAAAUCAUAUAGCAGUCAUGUUAAAACUUUAUAUGAGCAAUGGCAGUGUGUCAGUUUUUUUUGUUAUUUUUUAUUUCCAAUGACCCACAUUGGGUAGACGGUCAUUUUAAAGCAGUAUUUUAUUUACUGUGCCAUGUUAAAAGAAUUGUACAUAAUUGUUUAGAUAUGCCUUUUUUUGUAUUGCUUAGAAUUGUGCUAAUGGCUGUAAUUUAUCCUCCAGUAUCUGGAUUGUCCAGUUGUUCAAAUGCCUUCCUCUCAGGGAUUAACGUCCUGAUGGAGUUACUGUGGACUCCACUGUGGUAACUGUGCAUUAGCUUUUGAAUAAAACAGCAUACCCGCUGAGAAACUAUCAUAACCUAA